AUCCGUAACCGGAAAUAGAAGUGACUUUGUGAACGUGACACGCGGACCGCCCGUGAGACUUUUCUGCUUCAUCUGCUUUUCCACGCGGCGUUUGCGCUCCUCUGUUGUUGUAGUUAGCUUUAAAAAUGUGCGCGUUUCGUGGAGCCAGAAGGACCGUUCUGGCGGACUGAGCCUCCGGUGGAGUUCGGUGCCGGUUCCGAACCCGCAGCCGUUUGGACUCCCAACCCACUCACCGGGAUGCGGCCGAGUGGACUUUUCCUGUUUGCGUGGGAGCGUUUGCGGGACUCGGCGGGACAACAGCAGAUCUGCGGGAUGUUUUGAGCCUCGCGGGUCAUGACCAACAGGAGCCCAGGACGACGUGGCGAUCUUUCAGCACGAGGAGAUGCUUUAAGGAAAUAACUCAUCAGGGACACUCCUUUGGUGAUCACACCUGGAUUACACCUGGAUUAGCAGGAUUUAGGAUUCUCGUGUCAACCUUUGAGGGAAAUUCCUGAUGUUUAUCCCUGCAGAGAACUGAGGGCGAUCUGAGAGGCGCCCCACCCUCAUCAUGUUGGCUCUGAGACUGGAGCAGGGCAGGCGGGGGUUGGGGGACGUCGAUCACCUGCAGAAGGACGCCCCUGUGCCCUGGCAGCCGCAGGGCCGGCCGUCGGCACGGCCGCCUUCUCAAGAGCUGGGCAUAAACAUCCGGGAGAAGAUCUCCAAGUGGGAAGGUCUGAGUCAACAGAGCAGCAGCCGGGAUGGGGCGGUGAAGUCACACCCUCCCACCGUUUCUCGGGUUUAUUCUGGGAACCUCCUGGGGAGCGCGGGAACGCCGGAGAACCGCAGGGAGGAGCAUCAUCCCAGACAGAACCACUGCCGAGGAAAGAGCUUGGAUUUCAGGGAACCUCCAGGAAGCGUCUUCGGCGUUCCUGAUGUCGCCGGGCGGAAGUCUGACCCCACACCAAAACACAACCUCAAGUCUGCGAGCUCAUCAGCCAAAGUGGACGCCAGCAGCAGCUUUUCUGCAGCCAAGCAGUUUUUCAGUGGAGACGUUCUGGAAGCAGCUUCCAAAGCUCAGGCUCCACCCGCUGAAGACCGGGACGACGCCAUGCCUGCUGGGAACUUUUACACCUCGCGGGGGUUCUGGCGGAAGCUGGAGGGGAACCGGCUGCUCUGGGAAAAGGGCGAAGCUGCAGGUGAAGCUCCUGGCCCGCCCAAACCCCGCCGGACGUUUAAGUACAGCGUGGCCAGCAACGGACAUGCCGCGCCGCUGGACGCCACGUCCUCGCCAAACAACCACUGUAACGGCAGAAGCAGGAGGAGGGGGGCGCAGCCACCGAACUUCCCGCCCCCUCCCUGUCCAGUCAUAAAGUUUGAAGGACUUUCGAGGCAUAAGAAGAGCAGGAAGUCCUUCGAGUACGAAGAUGCCUCUCGUAUGACAGUCCAGCAAAGCAUUCUGGGAGAUGAGGUUGUGCAGUCCAGCCUGAGCCACGCCUACUCUGAUGACAACAUAUAUGAAGAAAUAAUGCCUGACGGGAGCAGAGAAGAUCCGUACGAAGACGUGAAGCCGUCUCCUGCGUGUCUUCCUCCUCUGAGACCUCAAGCCAGAAAGAUGUCCUCUAAACCCCAGACGCUGCAGGGAUAUGUGGGUAAAAUGGAGAAGAAGAUGCUACAAGCUUUCUUACCGUCGAAAUCCACAACUUUGGCGGAAAGUUCCAAACCGUCGACGCCCCGCCGCUCCAACACGCAGAGACCCCCCAAGACUCCUCAGUUUGUCAACAAAAUUGAGACCAUUUUUGAUGACAAACGUGGGAGGAAGAGGGUGAAGAACCAAGGUGUUGUCGUUCUAGAGGAGAGCGCCGGGGCGGACAGUGACCCUGAGGACAGCUCCAAAGUUCACAUCCACUCCACGCUGAGGCGCCGUCCGGGCUACCGGACGCUGGAGAGAGACCUGAUCCAGCUGCAGCAGCAGCAGCUCUUCCAGCUCUUCGUGGUGGUGUCGUUGAGGAAGAGCCCCCGAGGAAGCUCCUACUCCCCAGAAAUCACCCAACAGUUCCCCAAAAUGUUUGAGAAAUCGUCUCGACUCUCCAAAGAAACGGAGGAUCAGCUGAAGGUGAUUCCAAACUUCUGCUUCCCCGACACUCAGGACUGGAAACCCACGGCGGACAUAUCCAGUGAAACCUUUUCCUUUGUGCUGACGGGAGAAGACGGCAGCCGCUGGUUCGGUUACUGCCGUAAGAUCCUGCCUCGUGGCAAAGGGAAGAGGCUCCCGGAGGUCCACUGCAUCGUCAGCAAGCUGGGCUGCUUCGACCUGUUCGCAAAGAUCCUGGAGGAGGUGGAGAAGCGCAGAGAAAUCUCGCCGGCGCUGGUCCACCCGUUCAUGCGCAGCGUCAUGGAGUCGCCGUUUCCGGCUCCCGGACGCACAGUCACCGUCAAAAGCUUCCUACCCGACUCCGGGAAAGAUGGGAACGAGGCUCUGACUCUGUGUCGCCCGGUGGACUCCCGGCUGGAGCACGUGGACUUUGACAGCCUGCUGCAGUGUCUGAGUGCAGAAAGACUCCUGCAGGUCUUCGCCUCGCUUCUGCUGGAGAGGAGGGUCAUCUUCAUCGCUGACAAACUCAGUGUCUUGUCCCGAUGUGGCCAUGCGGUGCUGGCGCUGCUUUACCCCUUCACCUGGCAGCACACCUUCGUGCCCGUGUUACCUGGCAGCAUGCUGGACAUCAGCUGCUCCCCGACGCCCUUCCUGAUCGGCGUGCUGUCGCCGUACCUGCCGCAGCUGCUGGAGCUGCCCAUCGAGGAGGUGCUCAUCGUGGACCUGUGCGCCGACAAGUUCGUCAUUCAGCUUGGCGAUGAAGACUGCAUCCUGCCCAGCAAACUGCAGGCCGCCCUGCUGCAGAUCCUGGAGGACAGGCUGGACAUCCUGAGGCAAAGCGGCGACGACACCAGUCCACCAGGUCAGCAGGCAGACCUGAGCUCGCUGCUGUCGGAGAGCUUUGUGCGUUUCUUUGUGGAGCUGGUCGGCCACUACCCCCUCCACAUGGUGGAGUCCUCCAACGGAACCAAGGAGCUCCAGCGCGACUCCUUCCGGAAGUCCCACCCGUCCCGCGGGGUUCGGCAGUUCCUGCAGCUCUUCAUGGAGACCCAGAUGUUUGCCGGCUUCAUUCAAGACAAGGAGCUGCGCAAAGCAGGAGGACGAGGUCUGUUUGAAACCCGGGUAUCCGAGUAUCUGGACUCCUGUCCGGAUCCUGAGCCCAGCGGAGUCAACAAAUUCCUGAAAGGACUUGGAAGCAAGAUGAGACUCCUGCAGAUCAAAUGAAGCCUCCAGGAUCUUAACCUUUACAUUAAAGAUUGUAAUUCAGAGCAGCUGCCUUGAUUUUUUAAGGACGUCUGUGAAGAACCGUGGUGUCUGAACAGGACAGGAGGAGUCCACAUCUUCUCCAGCCUGGUUCUGUGAAGCUUCAGUCCAGCUCCACCUUCUCCGUUUGAAUGAAGCCUUCCUGAUUCUGUAUUUAUGAUUGUGUAAAUGUCUCUGUGAUCAUAUUUUAUGCACGUGGUUGUAAAUCCUUCCUGUUCCUCUGCAGGUUCAGCUGAUCCGGUUUCAGGUAUUUCAGUGUUUCCGGCUGGACUUUAAAACCUCUUUUUACGUCGCUCUUUUUUUAAACUGGAUUUUGUCUUUUUAAAAGAUUUUGCACAAGUUUGCAACCAGUGUUGGCAAUUGUUUUGUAUUAAAGCAUGAGGUGGCUGAAGCUCAGA